AUGUUUCGCAAUACCAAUUCACUUAUACGUUUCAAGAAGGUCAUAAAAAAAAAUGUGCCUAUCCCUCAAAAACGCUUGAAUUCGCAAGUUUCAGAUAUAAAAGGGCCAUUGGAUGGUAUUCGUGUUUUAGAACUGGGACAGCUGAUUGCUGGUCCGUUUUGUGGAACAAUCCUUGGUUACUAUGGUGCGGAAGUGAUCAAAGUUGAACCACCGGGAACAGGCGAUCCAAUUCGUGUUUGGCGAAAAAUAGAUAUUGAUGGUGUUAGUCCAUGGUUUCGCUCAAUAGGAAGGAAUAAAAAGUCAUGUGAGAUAAAUCUGCGAACAGAAGGGGGAAGAAAACUCGUUCGUCAAUUGGCUGACAAAUGUGAUGUUUUAAUUGAGAACUUUCGUCCUGGUACGAUGGAAAAGUGGGGACUUGGACCUAAUGAACUUUACAAGACAAAUCCUUCGUUAAUAUACACACGUGUUUCUGGGUUUGGACAAACAGGCCCUUAUGCAUCAAAACCAGGUUUCGCAUCUGUGUGCGAGGGGAUGGCAGGAUUUCGAUAUAUAACAGGUUUUCCAGAUAUGCCACCGGUUCGCCAAAAUAUAUCUUUGGGUGAUUCAGUUGCUGGGUUGACUGCGGCAUUUGGAACUGUCAUAGGACUUUUAGCUAGGAAUAAAAUUACUUCAAACACUAAGACUGGACAGGUGAUUGAUGUAGCCAUUUAUGAAAGCAUAUUUAAUUUGAUGGAGGGCAUUCUGCCAGAAUAUGAUCGAUUUGGAGAAAUAAGGCAACCUUCGGGUACCUCUGUGACUGGCAUCGUACCUACAAACGUGUAUCCGUGUGCAGAUUCUAAAUAUGUGAUCAUUGGUGGAAACGGGGAUGCAAUAUAUAAGCGACUAAUGAAAGUUGUUGGAAGGGAAGAUCUCACCACUGCAGAAUAUGAAACCAAUAAAGAACGUGUAAAACAUGGAGAAAUGAUUGAUAAUGCAAUUUCGGAUUGGACACGUACUUGCACAUCCAAAGAAGUGGUAGAAAAAUUAGAGAAGGCUGAGGUACCAUGUGGCUAUAUAUAUAAUAUUAAAGACAUUGUUGAAGAUGAGCAUGUUCAGGAGCGUGAUUUGCUUGAAACAGUUCACGUUGCUAAUACGGAUAAGGAAGGAUGGGAUUUAAAGAUUCCUGCAAUUCCUCCAAAACUAACCUCUACACCUGGUGAAACAAAAUGGGCUGGCCCGGAUUUAGGACAACAUAAUCGAGAAAUUCUAUUCGAUAUAUUAGGAUUGGCCGAAGCUGAUGUUAAAAAAUUACAGAAGGAAGGAAUCGUUG